UGCAUGCCCUCCCUUCCUCUCUCUCUCGAUCACUGUCUCUCACACACAUGUUCUUGCACUCUCUCCUCUGUGUCUCCUCAGCGGACCAGCGGAGCACAGGAGGUGAUUUCAGCCACUUGAUUUAUUAGUCGUUGCUGGUUGUUGGAACAAGCUAAUUAAAAGGAGGGUGAGUGUGAUUGUGUGCAUGUGUGGAAGGUUUGGAGAGAGAGACGCUGCCGCCGCCGCCGCCGCCGUCUCUUCGUCUGCUCUCUCACGCUUCACAGUGGACCAGGAGGCAGCAGGGGAGAGGAGAGGCAAGAGAAGAAGAAGAGGAGGAAGAGGAAGAGACAGGCAGCUGGGUGGAAGGAGAUUUUCGCACCACUUUGCCAUCAUUUCUUCUGGCAUGGCCACCGCAUAGGAAUCUGGUGCCGUGGCAACCGUCAGCUUGGCAACGAGGUAUCCAAGGAUAAGGAUACAGAAAGCUGGGCCGGUUCAAAGGGACGCUUGAAGAAACGGAGAGAGGGAUGGCAUCGGAGGAGAAGCCGGGCAUGAAGAGCAGCAGCUCCAUCGUCCCCUGCUUCCUGUUUGUGGAGCUGGUGAUCAUGGCUGGGACGGUGCUGCUGGCUUACUACUUUGAGUACACGGACACCUUUCCCGUGCACAUCCAGGGUUUCUUCUGCUACGACAAGACCUUCUCUAAGCCCUACCCCGGUCCGGACGACACCAGCAAGAUCCCCCCGGUGCUCAUCUACUCGCUCGUCACAGCCAUCCCCACCCUCACGAUUCUUAUUGGAGAGCUGUGUGCCUUCUUCACCAAGGCAGAGGGAACCCAGGAGAAGACCAUAGUCACUGCAGACUGCUGCUACUUCAACCCCCUCCUGAGGCGCAUAAUUCGCUUCCUAGGGGUCUAUGCCUUUGGCCUGUUCACCACCACCAUUUUCGCCAACGCCGGUCAGGUGGUAACGGGAAACCAGACGCCUCACUUCCUGUCUGCCUGCCGACCAAACUACACAGCGUUAGGCUGCCAGUCCACCAUGCAGUACAUCACAGAGCGCCGCGCCUGCACAGGCAACCCGCUGAUUGUCAUGUCUGCACGUAAAUCCUUUCCGUCUAAGGAUGCAGCGCUCAGCAUCUACUCGGCGGUGUACACAGUGAUGUAUGUGACGCUGGUGUUUAAGACCAAAGGCACGCGGCUCACCAAGCCCACCAUCAGCCUCACCCUGCUCUGCCUGGCCAUGCUGGUCGGUGUGGUCAGGGUGGCCGAGUACCGCAACCACUGGGCCGACGUUCUGGCAGGAUUCUUCACUGGAGGAGCCAUCGCUGUGUUUCUGGUGACUUGUGUGAUUAAUAACUUCCAGCAGCUGCAGCCCAGUCCUCCCCCACCGCGACCCCAGCGCCCGGAGUCGGUGCUGGGCAUGCCGAUGGUGACACUGCCCUGCGUGGAGAGUCCACUCGAAAAGUUAAGUGGCCCUCAGCAUCCUGCACUCUCCUCCUCCUCCCCACCUUACAACACCUACGUCCAACCAUUCUAACCGGCUUUGACUCUUUUUCCCUCCGCCAUCUCCGCCAUCCGUUGCCUUAUUUCUGUUCGUACAUCUGUUCUCUCUCCUCUCUCCCCCCCUCGUCCAUCCUGUGCAUUGCUCUUGAUUAUUCUUUUCUUCACUUUUCUCUCUCUCCUCCCUUCGCCUCCUCUCUGCCCCGUCCUCCUCCUCUUCUCUCUCUCUCUUUCUCACUCCUCUCUUUCCCCUGCAGACUCCGCGGGGAUCUCCGUUCACCGAGAUCACAUGACCAUCAGCCCUAUCGGUUCCCCGCCACCCCCGAUGUCCUCAUACCGUCUCGCUCCAUUUCCAGCGAAGUCUAGACCAGCCGGAGCAGCAGCAGCAGCAGCAGCAUUCGCCGCACUGCGCCGCCCAUCCGGCCGGGCGGUACGCAACGCUGCACCGCUCGUAUUCCACGCAGGUCUAGACCUCCCACAAUGCAGCGCGCACGCCACCCUGUUGAACCUCUCAAAACCCCGGGGAACCGAUAGGCAAACAAGACUUUCUCUUUGCUGGACGCCCAGCGAAGUCAAACCGAACAGUCAGGUACAUCUCCUUGUUUUUGUUCUUUCAUUUUGAGUUUUUUCUAUAAACUGAAGCUAAUCUCCAGUGGUGUGCUCUCGCAAGGAAACCCUGUGACCACUGAGAAUGUCCACUGCUUCUUCUUUUCCUUUUUUAUGAAUGAGUUUACACCCUGUGAACUGCUUUGACGUGAGCUGUCAGGAUUCUGCCGUGUUGGACCAAAGAAGCCCGCUGAAGGAAAUGUGGGCUGCUGAGAUUUAAAAACAUCCUUUUAGCAAGCCAUACGCACACACGCAAACAAACACGUUCUUUCUCUGUCCUUAUCUCAUCCCGUGCACACACAAUGUCACACACACACACACACACACACACACACACACACACACACACACUGCAGUCUGAGUAGCAUGAGGUUUACCCAGAUCAAAGGAUCCAUUUCAUAUCUCUCAGCAGAAGCACCAGACAAAAGCAAACAGGAUGAAAGUACAGACAUCUCCACUUGGCUAUCGUCUUCGUGUCUUUUUUGUUUUUUUUUUGUCCUUCUCAGAUGGUUGCGACUUCGCCAAAACCUGAUGUGAAAUACAAACGCAUUGGAUACGACAAAGCCAAGCUCUCGCUCCUGCAGGUGGCCCUGACAGCGAGCCAAAUCAAAGUGCAUCACAUUCAGGAGCAAAUACUCGUUUUUUGGUAUUCUUUUGAGACAAAGAGCUUUCAUACAAAACACUUUCCGUGAUGCCAACCAACUUUUUUUUCUUGUUUUGUUUGGUUUCUUUUCUGGAUCAGCCUGAAAUGGAGCUCAUUUUGCUACAGACUCGGCCACGUCGUGUAAUUAUUGUGGUUAAUUUCUGAGAUUUUAAUAAUAGAUUUAUUUAUUGACAUGUAUAUAUGGUGCGGUUGCCAUAAGCGCUAUGUGUGGCAAGACAGUUUUGCUGAUUUUGAUUUGCACACUUUCGAGCUUGUCCUUUUCUUCCCCUACACGUUUUUUGGUUUUUUUACGACCUCGGUUUCUCUCUCCUCUGUGGCGUCGGUACCAUCACUGUGCUGUGAAAUGUUUCCCUCUGCUGGACGACACACACACAAACACAGACAGAAACACACAGACACAAGAAUAAAGACCUGUUUUUACAGAGCACAUGUAUGUAUGUUGAAAGCACACACAUGCACAAUCACACUUACCCCCCUCCUGUACAUUCCUCCCCCCGAGUCCACUUUCUAACACUGAAACGUGUUUGUAAGAUACUGUACAAAGCUCUUUUUUUGUAUCGAGAGUGUGGUUUUUACAAAAGCAUCACCAGUGCAGAGAUUCGGGGGAAAAUCUUGAGUUAGUUAUGACGAUGGAGAACAUGUGUGGAAGUCGACUCGCUCUUAGUGUCGAACUACAGGAUCUGCCCACUGGACGGGACAAAGCUGGAGUGUGUUCAUGAGUUUAUGAACUUGAGGCCUUUUCAGAUUUGAAUCCUCAUAUUAGCACAAAAUACAAGAAGCGAAUACAAUGUACCUCUUUAUGUUGUCUAAUCUCUAGUUAUCAUGCUGGUGUAAGGCGAGCUAAUAAAACACAACAUGGAUGUUAAAGCAGCUGAUCAAACUCAACGACAUACUAUCAUUGUCGUAAAUGCAGAAUAAAAUGCACAGUUGGAUGAUAAUUCUUUCAUCGCUACCAGGGUGUGGUCACACUGGUAGUUUCAUUCUGUUGGUCUGGAUUAAUGCAGAAAUGAUACAUUUUAGUCCUGUUUUGUCCAUUCUGGCAUUUUCAACAUCAACCUAAAAGAUACCAAACAGCUUAUGGAUACGGUCACAGUUUUUGCAUAUGUGAUGGUAUUUUAACGUACUAAGAACUUCUAAAGCAGGGAUGUCAAACUCAUCUUAGUUCAGGGGCCACAUUCAGCCCAGUUUGAUCUCAAGUGACCAGUAAAAUCACAGCAUAAUAACCUAUAAAUAUCCAUAACGCCACAUGUUUCCUUUGUUUUAGUGCAAAAAAGUGCAUUCUGAAAAUAUUCGCAUUUAAGUGUCUACAAAGACACAAAAUAUUUAGUGAUCUGAAACUGAGCGAUACAGUAGUUUACGUUAUGAUUAAAAUGACAAAAAACAAAAAGACAAAAUAUUACAAAAAUUAGAUGCAAAGCAACAAAAAUGAGACAAAUGACAAGAAUCAAAACAAAAACAGACAAAACAUUAGACAAAAAAGGUUACAAAAUGACAAAAAAAAUGGACAAAUGACAAAAAUGAGACAAAAAAUUACAAAAAAGGCACAAAACGAAAAAGUAGACAAAAAAACAAACGAGACAAAAAGGAAACACAAAACAACACAAACGAGAAACAAAACAACAAAUAAAGCAAAACACAAAGUGACAAAAAUAAGACAAAAAACAAGCGAGACAAAAAGGAAACACAAAACGACAAAAAUGAGAAAACAAAAACAUGAGACAAACGACAAAAAUCAGACAAAAAAACAACAAACAAGACAAAAUAUUACAAAAAUGAGACCCGAAGUGACAAAAGAACAAUGAGCAAUCUAGUAUUUUACUUUAUGAUCAAAACAACUUGUCAUGAUCUAGAACUACUUAUGAAUUUAUAGUUUUACAAGUUUACAAUCCACAGUUAAUGUUGUUUCUGUAAUUUUUACACUUUACAAAUUCGUCCAAAACCGGCCCUCCAGAGGAUUGAUUCCGGCCCGCAGGCUGCAUGUUUGUCACCCCUGUUCUAAAGUGUAUGAAUGAGUCAAAACAGUGGCAGGAAUUCCUUCAUUGCAACAACAAAUGAAGACAUUCUGUCAGAAAACAUCCAUUCUGGUGCUAGUGCUGACUGGAAUGGGCACUAUAACUUUUAUUUCUAGAAAAAAACCAACAUGCUUGAGUAUUCUGUCCAGUUUUUGGUCCGUUUAGAGGUAUUAGGGUAAACACCUCCUUCAGGUUCCAGUCGAACUGCACCAGAGUUGAUUUAGAAACAAAGAUCCAUCUGUUCAGGGGGUUGGAUGGCAGCAUUCACACAAACACAGCGAUCACAUCAGAGUUCACUUUAAUCAAACUGAAGUUGCCAAGUGUGAACACACCCUUAGUAUCCACUGCUCAUGUAAAUACACCAAUUAAUGCAGUUUAUGGACCAAAAAAAUACGUGGUUUUGGAGUCCCAAAGAUUUAAAAGAUAAUUUUUUUUAAGGCUUAUGCUUACAAAUUUUAAAAACAGAUUUUUUUUUUUUUUUUUAAAGUGGAUUUGAGUUAAAUUUUCCGGCAGCAAAUUGGUUAAUAGGCAACAAUUUGGGAAACUUGCUACAACUUAAGCCCCGGCAACCCUACAAAGUGUGUUAGUGACCAGAAAAAAUCAAACAAAGCUGCUUUAAUAACCAUGUUGUGUGUUUCUUAGCUUUUUCAUUGUGUUAGCUUCAUUGACUCAGACAAAAUAAGGCAAGUCUGUUGGCUAGAUAGCAAAAAAUCUGAGCAUUUUGUUUUCACAUUAAAAAAAAAAUUUCUUUUGGAACUUCCUAAAAAUCUAUGAGCCAAGUUUAUGUUUUUAACGCAACUUCUACCAAGCCAAGGCCCUGUCCAUUAUGAUCAUAUGUGCUGAAUCCACCCGUCUAUAUUCAUCCAAUGCUGUUAGACUCCAUCAUCGCACAUUUUAUGACUCGUGAGAAGAUUGACUUCUCUGGUAGAGGAAACAACAAUCAUAAAAAUGUCGACAUUCUGAUGUCUCAGGGCUUCAGGACUGCAAACGCCACAAAGUUGUGAAGUUGUCAGACGUGUGACCUUUGCUGCAUGACGCCCCUUUGUUUCCUCAUUAAUGCCCCAAUAAAUCAGAAAUGCCUUAAUGAAAAAAAUAUAAUAGAAGUACAUUAAACAAAAAUGACAGCCUGUAAUGCUAAUUGCGAGUGCGAGCUUCUCAUUUGUGCAAAAACCUCAGUGUGUCUUCAUGCAGUCAGGAUGUGGCUCAGUGUGUGAGCGCUGCAUCGGCACAAGAAGCAAAACACAGAAGGACUGAACACCAAAAGUAAAACCAUCCUCCAGUGAAGAGGCAGAUUCUCCUCUGGUUCAGCACCAACAGCUUUCCCUCUGCUGUAAAGUCUUUAGUAAGUCGUGUUUCGAAUCAAAGAACAAACACAGCCGCGAUUGACUGACGUGUGAAUAAAAAGCACCGGUUUCCUUCAGAUCUGCAACUCUGAGGGAGGACCACGUUUCCUUUGAUCCUGUUGCAGCAAAAACCCCUCUGUUUUGUAAAGAUUUGUGUGAUGAGAACAAUAAAUGGAUAUUGCAAUAAGAAAAAGC